AUGACAUCAUCUGAGGCCAAUUCUGCGACUCCGUUGAACUCAAUUUCUUUGAAUGUUCAGCGGCAGUCUAACAUUCAAGAUAAAUCCAUGCCUCAUCACAGUAUUGCCAACAAUAUUGUAAAGCAUGUUAAAAUCACUAUCAAUAACCAUGAUGUAUUGCCAGGUGAAGAAGAUGAUGACGAAGACGAUGAAGACAAUAAGGAUGAGGAAGGGUUUACGACUGACGUUGCCAAAGUCGAAAAAAACGAAAGCAGAUCUAUUUCAUCUCAAUCGACAAGUUCUUCAGGUACCGAUGGAACUGACAUUGUCAAGUUAGGCAGAUCGAAGGACUCUCCAACAUUAACUAGCAAAAAAUUGGUAGCAUUAUUCAUUGGUGACUUGGAUGAAAAAGUCACUGAAAAGAAUCUAAGGGAUACAUUCAACAAGUUUGACUCUUUUGUCUCUGCUAAGAUUUGCAUUGAUUCCAAUACCAAAAAGUCACUUGGAUAUGGCUACUUGAAUUUUUCAAAUGAAGAGGAUGCUGAGAGGGUUAUCGAAGAGUUUAACUAUAUUCCAAUUUUUGGCAGAGAGGUGAGGAUUAUGCCCUCGUUGAGAAAUUCUUUCUACCGUAAAAAUAUUGGUACGAAUGUUUUCUUUUCUAAUUUACCCUUGGAGAACUUGGCGCUAACAACAAGAGUAUUCUAUGAUGCGUUUAAAAAGUAUGGCAAGAUUCUCUCGUGUAAAUUAGAUAGGAGAAAAAAUAUUGGAUUUGUUUACUUUGAGAAGGAUUCUUCAGCUAAGCAGGCAAUUGCAGAAUAUAAUGGGAAGCAAUUCUAUGGUAAUAACAUUUUGUGUGGUAUCCAUUUUGAUAGAAACGUUAGAAAGUCACCUGAAUUUGAAAAGAGAAAGGCAAGAUUAGAGGAUAUGACGCUAGUAAAGGAGAGCCUAGUCAUGGAUAAUAAUCAAGAAAUCCCUUCCGGUUCCAAAAUGAAGGGUCCUCAUCCAAAUGCUGUCUUCAUAAAGAAUUUGCCAUUGAACUCGGAUUCAGAUUUAUUACUAGACUAUUUUUCUCAAAUUGGUCCCGUGAAGUCUAUUUUCACGUCCAAUGUUUCGAAACUAAAUUCUGCAUGGGCUUUCAUUACAUUUAAGAAAGGAAGCGAUGCACAAGAUGCUAUUGAUAGUUUAAACCAUAGUCAAUUAUUAGGCAGGACCAUUGAACUAUCUAGGGCACAAAAAAACUUUCAAUCUGACAUUGAUGCAGCUAACGCAGGAACUGGAAACACUGGUGGUUCAAUUAAAUCUGCAGACUCUGAAGGAAGCUCAUCACAACACAAUUCAUCUUACAAGCUAACAGUAUAUCUAAGCAGUUUGAGUUCUAUCUGUAGCGAGCAAUUUUUACAAUGUUUCUGUGCGGAGGAAAGAAUCAAGACUAAGAGAAUAUCCAUUCGUUUCUAUGACGAGGACACUCUGACUUUCUCCGGAUUUGUUCAGUGUCAGACGAGAAACGACGCCAAUAGAUUAUUCGAAUUAUUAAAUGAUAAGUUGCUAGGCGACUCAACUGUGAAAGCUUCAUGGAAACCGUCCAAAGAAGCUAAACCCAUCAAUACCGCAGUCACUACCGUUCCAACGGCCUCUCAUUUAAAGUUACAACAAAGUCAUAAAAAGGCAACAACUCCGGUUAACAUCCGUAGAGAACCAUACAUCUACAGAGCUCCUGCUCCAGAAUAUAGAGGCUAUAACCCUCUGAAAAAUAAAUUGCUACAGCAGCAAGUAUUGAUGGCUCCGAUGAAUGUAAAAGCAGUCGUUAAAGACCCAAAUGCAAAGGAAACUUUGGUAGCCUUAAAAAAGGAAGUGAGAAGAUACAUUGACUUCUUGAAAUUCCCAUUGGCUACGAGAGAGCAGAAUCUAAGCAUAAUAAGCAAGUAUAUUCUAGAAGUCUUCUAUCAGAAUAGGGUUGAAGCCAUCACAAGGGUGCUAUUAAUGAAACAAAACCACAACUACUUUGAGAGACAAUUCCAAGAGCAGGUGGAAGAAUCAAUUGCUCAAUUGGGGCUAGAAGGGAGGUAG